AUGUUUAUUACGCGAAGCCGCAACAGUUCAAUCUCAGUGAUCUGCAAGACACCCACAGCAGCGACCUUGACUCCGUUGGCGUGCGUCAGAAGAUUCAGCCAGAGCCAUCCAAUGGCUCAGAACGGCGAGCGUGCCGCUGAAGGCAAACCUGUCAACUUUGGCGUCGUAGUCUUCCCGGCCUUCCAGUCCCUCGACGUCUUCGGGCCCCUGGACGCUCUCAACUUACUGGCUCGCUCAUACAACAUGAACCUCUACACCAUCGCAGAAACCCUAGAUCCCGUAUCGACAAAGGUCAUUGACAAAAACAAGCCCUCCGGCGCAGCGACCUCGGACUUCAGCCAGAGCAUCCUCCCAACGCACACCUUCCAAACCGCCCCGCCCCUGGACGUCCUCAUCGUCCCCGGCGGCCAGGGGACCCGGAACCCCGGCAUCAGCACGGCAAUCGACUUUGUCAAAGAGCGCUUCGACUCGCUGCAGUACCUGCUGACCGUCUGCACCGGCGCCGGGGUCGCGGCGCGGGCGGGCGUGCUGGACGGGCGGCGGGCGACGACGAACAAGCUCUCGUGGGACCAGACGGUCGCGCUGCGGCCGCAGGUGGCGUGGGUGCACAAGGCGCGGUGGGUGCAGGACGGGAAUGUCUGGACGUCGUCGGGCAUCAGCGCGGGUAUCGAUUUGGCGUUUGCGUGGAUCGGGGCCGUCUAUGGGAAGGAUGUGGCGAAGAAUAUUGCGAAUAGGAUGGAGUAUACGCCUGUUGAGGAUUCGAGCUGGGAUCCGUUUGCUGACUUGUGGGGGUCGUCAAAGUAA